AUGUCACCGCGUUUUCCAUAUCAUAUCUCUGUGGCCGCCAUGGCCCGUUCAUUUGAAAAAAUGGUCAAUCAUGAUGUAAAACCACCACUCCCACCACCUCCAAAACCCACAGUUGUUGUCCCAUCCGUGUCUUCGUCUUCAACAACAUCCUCGGUUUCCACUGCAAGCAGUACUACCUUAUCAUCACCAUCAUCGAUACACCAUCACAAUGACGACCACUUUGCAGCAUUACUUUUCACUCUUUGGAUGCACAUCAAUGUGCAGUUGGCUGUAUUGGUGCUCGUGCGUUCCUCCUCCUACUUCUCCUUCUCCUUAUCGCCACCAUUGGCUCAUUCCUCCACCACCCGUGGUGGUGUGUCUCAGCUCUGUUUGCUUGAUGACAUCCCUUGUCUCAAUGACCUUGUGGAUCGUCACACACAACCUCCAGUAGCAUCUUUGUGGCAUGAACAUGAACAAGCUGGCUACGCUAAAAGGAUACAAAUGGGACCUUCAAGACGCAGGAUUCGAAAGCCUCAACAAGAGCCACGGAUGAUGCAAGAGACCAUUUGUGGUCAAGUCGUAGCUGACAAUGACGACGUUGAGGAAGAAGAAGAGGCAACCAUGACCAAACUGGCACAGGAUGUACUAUCAUACCUUAAUCAGUGUUCAUCAUCAUACGAGGCUUCAUCAGAGCUUUUAGCAUUAACACCUCGGCUGCAAGGCUAUGCUGCUGCUGUUUGA